AUGCCGGUUGUUUUGAAGAGACACACGGAGAAAGAACUAGAAGGUGUUCUGGGACGGGCCCGCGACGAGCAGCCGGUGCCCGCACCUCUCUGGAUCCGGGUCACAAAAGAUGUGGAGGCCACUGUGCUGUGCCCUCAGGGCUCUAGACACCCAAGCGCCCUCUGGGCUGGGGACGGAAGAACUCGAGCCAUAAGGCGAUUCUUCCCCAAGGCCGGUGGUGGGUUCGCCGCCCAAGAUAGCCACUGCCAGGCUGGUGCGCUCCGCCGCGCGGCCACCGUCCGAGUCCCGCUGGACGGCGUGCGUUGGACGGAAGCGCCCAGGGGCCGGCCUUGUCUCCGGCAGGGAGCGCGCGCGGGGGCCAGGACCGCUCCUCCCCGCCGGGCUCCUAAGGACCCCGGGCGCUCAGGCGGCCUGGCUCGGAUCGCCGCCGCCGGGGUCCGGCUGCCGACAGUGCCUCCCCGGGACCGCCGAGCCGUUCCGGCCUCGCCAGGGGGCCCGCCCGGGAGCCUUUCCCCGCCGUCCGCGCCGCCCUGGCCGUAUCGCUCCCGGAAUCUCAGCGAGUUUCCAGUUUCUCCCCACCUCGGGAGGGAACCAAGCAGCAGAAGGAGUUCAGCUCCGGGCCGCAGAAGGCCGGUGGUCCAGCAGCCGACUGUGGCCGAGGGGCCGACCCCGAGGCACCCACUACUCCGACCAGUGAGCCAGAGACUCGAAGCAAAAGGUGCCCGGGCCGCGCGCAGCCAACGCGGUGGCCGGGGGGCCUCCGAACGGCGCACUAAGGGAUCCCAGGAGGGUCGCAGCCUCCAGCCCCACCGAGGGCCCUUUGCCCGGCCCAGCCCGGAGAGUCCCGCCGGUGGAAGGACGCACCUGCCGCGCUCACGCCGCGCACACCUGGCCUCCCGUCCAGUCGCUGCCACCCAGCGCGGGGGGCGCCUGACUCGUCUUCCGGCGCCCAGACCUUCCUUUUGCGCCCGGGACCCGCACGCCAGACUCGCACGGAGAACCGGCGGCGCGCGCGACUUACCCGCGGGGCUCCCGGGCCGGGCGCUCUCCGCCCCUUGCCCUUCCUCCUCCGCCGCCGCCGCCUCCCCCGCCCCCGCUCGUCUUCCUCGGCCCGGCGCGGAGUCCCCGACGCUCCCGGGCGCUCGCUUAAAUCCCGGGAGGCGGUGUCCGACUGCCAGGGUGACACCCCUAAACGCGGUCCCCGGUGUCCUGGUGGCCCGAGGCAAAACGUUCCAGGACCCAUACAGCACCCAGGUCGCGUGGGACAGAUGA